CUUCUCCUGCUCCUCUCCACGGUGCGGGCGGGCUGCUCCUGGGGACCUCGGAGGGACGCCCCCCUGCCGCCCGGGCACGCCGCCGAGGGUCGGCGCCCCUGGAUCGAUGGCCGCCCGCGCCGCCCCCGGCGUGCUGCUCGCGCUCCUCCUGCGCCCCGCCGCGGGCGCCCGCGCGGGCUCCGACGAGCUGUCCGCGGACCUGGCCGCCUCGGACUCGGACCUCGAGAUGCGGAGCGUCCGCGCCGCGCUGCAGGACCUCCAGGCCCGCGUCUCCGAGCUCGAGAGGGCCCGCGAAGACAAGGCUUGCUGCGCGGUUUGGGUCGGCGGGAAGCGCUCCGAGCCUGGGUCUGACGUCGUCGACUGGUGUACGACGAAGAAGACGUGCGAGCUGAACUUCGGCGAGCUCGUGGGCAAGAAGAUGGUUUCCACGGUCUUCAGCUGGGUCGAGGAGGGCGAAGACACCCUGGUAACGGACGUCGUGGACAUCAAGGACCUUGAGCACUGCAGGAAGAAGAGAGCGGGGGAGUGUCCGGCCUGAACCGCGGGCCCCCUCGCGCGCUUCGCUCUCCAAGAGCACACAUCCUGCCGCGGCACCAGCUCGUGGGACCCAGCGGGGCCCCGCUCUGUCCUACCCUGCAGCUUCGUGGCGUGAGCGAGGCAGCACCGCGCCCCGACCAGCACCUUCUCCCGGGGAGACUGCUUGCUUGGCUCCGCACACGGCGUUCCAGCGAGCGGGGUGGAAAAACGAAAGGUUCGGUGUGCAGCCCGCAGUGCUGGG